UGGCAUGCAAUAUGACUCCCUUUAGUGCACUAUCAGAGCAGUCUGGCCACGCUACGUCACAACGUUGCAAGAGUGAAAUUAAUUGGGCAGCCAGUAAUUUGGCUUGUGCUGUCAAACGGUUUUUAUCUUAACGAAAAGUUACUAAUGCUAUAAAAUCGCGGUAACUGUGCCGCCUCGAUACUAAUUGAUAUGAUAUGAUUAAAUGAAUGUACGCGUGAACAACGAUGAGGAGCUCGAGAGCUAAAGCUGCUAAUUAAAUUAAAAAACAUACAGAAGCGUUAAAAGACGGCACCAAACGACCACAACGUCUGUGACCAAGCCCACUACUCGGACUCUUCAUUGGCCUAUUUCACUUAAUUCGCCAGAAGCGGCGAUUGUAGUGGUAGCGGUAGCACCCUGAAAAAAUAACAAAUAGAAGCUUUCACCAAAUCUAGUUUUCCUUUUGGAUCUGUGUAGUGGUGUCUUAACGACGCUCCUGCAGCAUGUAGGCAAACAAAAAUUUCGUACCCAAAAACGUAAUCGCGCACCGAAACUAGUAAAUUUUGUGUACCACUGAGAGGAAAAGAAGCGGCUAAGAUGUCGUUCAUAAAUAACCUUAAAAAAGUCUUUCACCUGGGCGGCGGUGAGGCCAAGAAGAAGCGGCUGUAUAAUAACAUCAAAAUGGAUACAGAUCCGGCGGAGUUCUGGGAAAUGGUCGGCGAACUGGGCGAUGGUGCGUUUGGCAAAGUCUACAAAGCGCAACACAAGGAACAAAAACGUUUUGCAGCGGCCAAAAUGUGCACGUUAGAAGAUGAAGAGAAUCUAAGUGAUCAUAUGGUAGAGAUUGAUAUACUCUCAGAGAUUAAGCAUCCAAAUAUUGUAGAACUUUACGAGGCCUUCUCCAUAGAUGAUAAAUUAUGGAUGCUCAUUGAGUACUGUGACGGUGGUGCAUUAGAUAGCAUUAUGGUUGAGCUGGAGAAACCAUUGACUGAGCCACAGAUUGCCUACGUGUGCAAGCACAUGACUGAGGGCCUAACAUUUCUGCAUAGAAAUAAGGUCAUACAUCGUGAUUUGAAGGCUGGCAACGUUCUGCUCACAAUGGAAGGCGGCGUUAAGCUGGCGGACUUUGGUGUUUCGGCAAAGAACAAACACACCAUGCAGAAACACGACACCUUCAUAGGCACUCCGUAUUGGAUGGCGCCUGAAUUGGUGUUGUGCGAAACUUUUCGUGACAAUCCUUACGAUCACAAGGUAGAUGUGUGGUCGCUGGGCAUAACGCUAAUCGAGCUGGCGCAAAUGGAACCUCCGAAUAGUGAAAUGUCACCCAUGCGUGUACUGCUAAAAAUUCAAAAGAGUGAACCGCCCAAGUUGGACCAACCUAGCAAAUGGAGCAAAGAUUUUAAUGACUUUCUCAAAAAAUCGCUGGUUAAGGAUCCCCAACAAAGGCCUACCACAGACGUGCUGUUGCAACAUAAUUUUAUAAAUACCAAUUUGGAUGCCAAGCCCAUCAAGGACUUGUUGCUCGAGUACAAGGCCGAAGUGGUUGAGGAGGUGGUCGAUGAUGAGGCUGAGGAACCCCGCAACUCGGCGCUCCAGCUCGACCUGGACGAUGACUCUGCUUCGCUGCAGAGCCAAGACAUUGACAAACUUCCAGGUACACCUACAUCCAUAUCGCGGGAUUUAAAAGAGCAAUCCCUACCAAGUAGUAGUCUUCCAACAACGAAAACAACUACAACAGCAACAACGACAGACAAACCAAACAGCAACAAACAAUCUUCCACUGAGGACAAUGUGGAAUCAGCAGCGGUGGCGACUCCAACAGUGCCCCAUACAAAAGUUCCCGCUCCAGCACCGCCACAACAACAACAAUCAAAUGUUGCAGCUCUGCAAAGAAUCAAAGAAGACGUUGCACCUGCAAUGGAGACAGCUGAAAAGUCAGAUGCGGACAAAAAACAGCAACCCUUUGUCAAAAAGGAAAAGGGCAAGGCGCCGCCACCGCCACCUUCAGCAGCAAUUGUCAAGCAGUCCACAACGCCGCCACUUGAAGAUGCGGGCGAGUCUCCUAAGAAGCCUCAACCGCCCGAUCCUGAGCCUACAACAACAGCCAUUGAAGUGAGCAUUAGCCAGCACGAUGUGGAGCAGAAACCGCAGCCACCCUCGCCUACAGCAUCUUCCAUAAUAUCGGUGCAAUCGGUGGCCAGCUCAUCCAGCUCUGGCAGUGUGUCCGGUGCUUUGCUAAGCUCGAGCACUUCCCUAAUUACCAUUAACAGCGAUGCAUCACCAGCGGCGCGAGCGCUGCCGCAGCCUCAACAUGUGCUGCCCAACAGCAUCGAUUCAGUCAGUCAGAUUACUGUAGUAACCAGUACGCAUCCACCGGUGAUUAUUGACAACUCCCUGCCACCCCCGUUGUCGUCGGUAACUCAGAAUGAGGUCAUCAUAGUGUCAAAUGACUUAAAUAAGAGUACUCAUCUGCAUGAGUCAUCCACCGAUGAUGACUUCCCCUCGUUGGACGAUAGCCUCAGUGACGCGACACCCCCACAUAAACAAUCUUCCAUGAUACUGACAGUCAACGAACGGCAGCAUCCGGCGUCAGCUGCCCAGGAUAUGGCUGCCCAGUCAGCUGUUCAAGCCGUUCAUGCGCGUAAGCUGGACGAGAGCGAGGUCUUGAUUGUUAGUCCGUCGUAUGCGGACGACGACUCCGCCUACAACACUGCCUCAGGCAGUCACGACCAUAGCGAUCAUCUGAUGGACACGAGUCACGUCUCCGUCGUUACUGUGGGUGAUGAAAUUAAAGUAAAGGACAGCAGUCACGAGUCGGUAGUUAAGCGCCAACCCAAUGGCAUUGCUGUGCCCGAGGACGUAAACAUAAUUGUGAAUCGCUUUAAACCGUUACCUCACGCCGAGCAGGAUAAACGCGUCUCGCCGGACAGUAGUAUGGGCUCUUUAAGCGAGAAUGGGUCGGUGCGUGGUCGACGCGGUACUGAGGUACUGAUCACAGGAGAUGCAGACAGCAUAUGCACCACCACUAGUCAGGACAGUCGCAACGAGGUAGAUCACAAGCAACCUUUGAUGCCGCCGCCGCCGUCAGCAACCAAUCACAACAACAAUCAUCCUGGCAAAAACGAUGUCAUUGAUGAGGAGGAUGUGGUCAUACGUCUAAAGCCCCGUGUGCCGGCUGCGGCUAAGACGGUUAGCACUGCUCCCGGUGGUGGGCUGACCAAAGAAGAGAUCGAGUUGCGUAAUUUGCGCAAGAAGACGCGCAAGCGCACCCGCAAAUUCGAGAUCGACGGCGUGCAAAUGACCACGACUACUAGUCGCGUGAUUUACGGCGAUGAGGAGAACGGACGCAUCUACGAUGAUCACGUGUUUCGCAAGCAAGAGCUCCGAGAGCUCAAAAUGCUGCAGAAGCAGGAAAAGAAGCAGCAGAACGAGCUUCAUGCUAAAGAGCAGCUAGCCAAGGAACAGCAGGAUCGUCGAUUUGAUCAGGAGCGCGUCUCGCUAGAAAAGACGUACGAGGCUGAUAUGGAUACGCUGGCGCGCCAACAUAAGCAGCUGAUUGAAAAAACUGAACAGACGCAGGAAAAUGAGCUUCGCUCUUCAUCCAAACGCAUACGUUCCGAACAGGAGCAGGAGCUUAAGAUAUUCCGCGAGAACCUUAAGCAAGAGAUACGCCUUUUGAAGCAAGAAGUCGAUCUGUUUCCCAAAGACAAGCGUAAGGAUGAGUUCAAACAGAGACGAAGCGCCAUGGAACUGGACCAUGAGGAGAAGGAGCGAGCAUUCCUUGACUCUCUCAAAGAAAGGCAUGAGUUGCUUCUGCGCCGGCUCAGUGAGAAACAUCGCGACCAUUUGGCAACUAUCAAUCGCAACUUCUUGCAACAGAAACAAAAUGCGAUGAGAACGCGGGAGGCUCUGCUUUGGGAGCUAGAAGAGAAGCAACUACAUGAACGCCACCAGCUGUCUAAGCGUCAUGUCAAGGAACUAUGCUUCAUGCAACGGCAUCAGAUGAUCAUUAGGCACGAGAAGGAGUUGGACCAAGUUAAACGCAUGCUACAGCGCAAGGAGGAGGAUCUGGUAAAGAAGCAGACACUGGAAAAGCGUGCGCUGCCUAAGCGUAUACGUGCUGAGCGUAAGGCCCGCGAUCUAAUGUUCCGUGAAUCGUUGCGAAUAUCAACAAAUCUUGAUCCAGACAUUGAGCGCGAUCGCUUGAAGAAGUUCCAAGAGCAAGAGAAAAAACGCUAUAUGCAAGAAGAGCGCCGCUUCGAGGUGAAGCACCAAAAGCAAUUAGAGGAAUUACGCGCCACGCGUGAAAGCGCAAUUAGGGAACUGGAGCAAUUGCAGAAUGAAAAACGGAAAGCUCUAGUCGAACAUGAGCAUGCCAAGUUAUCGGAGAUCGAUGAGCGGCUUAAGGCCGAGUUACGAGAGUGGCGAGAGCAGCUGGUUCCUCGCAAGCAGAAACUAAACGCUUCGAUCAGCGCGGCCAUCGAUGAAUUCGAAAAACGCUAUGGCCUGGUAGCCAAUCGUGGCGAGUUCGAGGAGUUGGAGGUGGAGCUGCCCGUGCGCCUGCGUGGCAUCUUCAAUGAGCGCUCGGCGCGAUUGCUGCCCCGUAACACCUUUAUCGAUGUGCAGCAGCUGCCACGAUCACGUUCCUCGCUGCUGAUGCUUGGCGGCGGUGGCGCCUCAAACUUUCGCGGUUCAGCACCCGACUUAAGUCGUAGCGUGCCAAGCACGCCUAUCUUUCACAAGCAGCAACGUGUCCAAAUGAUCAGCGAACUGGUGCUGGAGGAGGAUGCCGAGGUGGAUCCAAUGAAACGUGCCAGUGUGUCUACCAUGCCCGGAGAGCUACGCUUAAAAACAAAGGCGGCUGUGCCGCCAUCCAAUGAGCUAGUAAAAGUGGUGACCAGCACGCCGCCGCUCUACAGUGCAGAUGCGGAUAAGCAGCCGUCGGCCAUGAGCACUUUUCGUCAAAGCGUACCACCCCCACCACCACCGAUGCCUAAGACACCGGAAAAGGUGGGUUUUGUGGCCAAUCGCUUCAAUGUUUCAGGAGGCGUGGAUAAUCAGGUUGAGCUGCGCAUACACGAGGGCCCGGUGCUCACGGCGCAGGCGCAGCGUCUUCUCCACUCCACCUCCUUUGCCAUCAAACGGCCAUCGUUGACGAGCCGUAGCAGCGGACGGUCCUCUCUUAGCAGCGCUCAGUCAAUGUACAAUAUGCAUGAGUUGAGCACCCGAUUCAGCGAUGCCGAGCUUAUCUACGAUGCGGGACGGAAAGCAGCAGCGCUGCUUGAUGAGGUGCAGCCAAACCUUCGCAGCACCACUAAAAAUACGCCGGAGGACGAUGCAAUGACGGAAACUGUGGAUGACUUAUACUAUGAUUUGUAUAAGCAGAAAUACAAACUACCUCGUGUGGGUCAAACGCAGUACAGUCGGAGUGAGGACUCGUCGGCCGCCUGAGAUUCGACUGUCCUGAGCUGCCGGAUGGAUAUCACCUGGCACAUUCCAAUGCAUUUCGCCUUAACUAUCAUUCUGCUUAGCUACACUAAUUAGCUAUACUAAUCUUUUCGCUUGCUUUCUCAACUCGGUGCUGGUUAACUGCACACACACACACAUACAUGUAUCCCGCAUCUACCUGAAUUAACAAUUACUUCCAAUUCCCCAAUACCCUAUUCUAUUCUCUUCGAAUGCAUUCUAUUUAUGAUAAAAAAAAAGGGGGAAACAAAGAAAAUGCCAUAAAAUGUUUGCCAAAGUUGGCGCCAUAUUUCGUGCGCACACAACAUUUUUUGUUAGUCUUUAAACGUUGUUUUUGUAUUUAUUUAUAAGCGGUUGAGUAACAGUAAUGUUCUCGCUAAACAAUAAAUUUGUUUGCUAACUUUAUAGUUACGAAGCGCCGGUGCUUGCCAAAUUUCUUUACCACUUACAUACCUUCCAUAUACAAACAUACAUAUAUAGCAGCAGUAUUAUCUAUGCAACGUACUUAGCUAGAUGGCCAAAACAUAAAGACGCAAAUACACAUACACCCACACAUGAGAUGCAGGUUACCACCAAGCAUUUACCACUGCUUAGACUACAUACAUACAUACAUACAAACAUAAACACAUUCAAUAUCAACGAACUUAUUAACAUAACUACAUACUUAUACAAAUUUCAUUAUGCCACAUUAAUCGAAAUUCAAAUCAACGCGCUGUUGCCACAAAACUGAAUCAAAUAAAUGAAACAAAAUUCUUAAAA